AUUGACGUCAGUGACUGUUGUUGAUUGGCUCUCAGCCGUAUCCGGUGGGGCAGCGGUCCAAAGCUCGGAGAAAAAAAAUCGAAGCGAGGAGGAGGAUCUGGUAACGGAGCGCUUGUGAAAUAAAUACCCCGAGUCUCUUUUCGAAAGGCUCGGUAGGAUUUUAAAGUUUCUUGCAGCAGAGGAAAAUCUGCUACAUUUGCAGCAGGCAUAAAGGUUAGAGGUUACAGAGCAGGGUCGCRGCUGUCGUCAUGGCAUCUGGAAGUACGAGCAGCGAGGAGGAGCGGAGCCUGAGGGAGUGCGAGCAGUAUGUGCAGAAACACAACAUUCAGCAGCUGCUGAAGGACUGCAUUGUCCAGCUGUGCACCUCCAGGCCGGACCGGCCCAUGGCCUUCCUCAGAGAGUACUUUGAGAGGCUGGAGAAGGAGGAGGCCAAGCAGAUUCAGAGCCAGCAGAAGGCCAGCAGUUCCCGGUCUGACUCUCGCGAUGAGGAGGUGUCUCCACCCAUGAACCCCGUGGUGAAGGGUCGCCGACGGAGAGGAGCCUUCAGCGCCGAGGUCUACACAGAGGAAGACGCAGCCUCCUACGUCAGAAAGGUCAUUCCAAAGGACUACAAAACAAUGGCUGCUUUGGCUAAAGCUAUUGAAAAGAAUGUGCUGUUCUCACACCUGGAUGACAACGAGAGGAGUGAUAUAUUUGAUGCAAUGUUUCCAGUCACCUAUAUUGCUGGGGAAACUGUUAUUCAGCAAGGCGACGAGGGCGACAAUUUCUACGUCAUCGACCAAGGGGAGAUGGAUGUGUACGUGAACAACGAAUGGGUGACCAGCAUCGGGGAGGGUGGCAGCUUUGGGGAGCUGGCGCUGAUCUACGGCACCCCGAGGGCRGCCACAGUCAGAGCCAAGACCAACGUGAAGCUGUGGGGCAUCGACAGAGACAGCUACAGGAGAAUACUCAUGGGAAGCACUUUGAGAAAGAGGAAGAUGUACGAGGAAUUCCUCAGGAAAGUGUCCAUUUUAGAGUCUCUUGACAAAUGGGAACGUCUGACGGUGGCCGAUGCCUUAGAACCUGUUCAGUUUGAGGACGGACAGAAGAUCGUGGUGCAAGGAGAGCCUGGAGACGAGUUCUUCAUCAUCUUAGAGGGAUCUGCGGCUGUUUUGCAGCGGCGCUCAGAGAAUGAAGAGUUUGUUGAAGUGGGAAGAUUGGGACCAUCAGAUUACUUUGGUGAAAUCGCUCUGCUCAUGAACCGUCCCCGCGCUGCCACGGUGGUCGCCCGGGGCCCCCUGAAGUGCGUCAAGCUGGACCGGCCUCGUUUCGAGCGCGUCCUGGGCCCGUGUUCGGACAUACUCAAACGCAACAUCCAACAGUACAACAGCUUCGUGUCGCUGUCCGUCUGAGGGAGCGUCAGUCCCACUCCUCUCUUCUCUCCCUCCCUCCUCACCUUCUCUUCUUUCAGACCCAGGGUCCACAAAUGCAAUUAGCUUUUCUUUUUGUGUCACCUUGCUCCCGUUUCUUUUUGCUUUUUAGUCCUCAUCUGGUUUUACCCACACACAGGAUUUUGCUGUUACAACCCGUCACACAGUGGUGACUUUUAGCCACUCACCAGCGCUUUUACCAGCUGUGCUGUUUGCUACCUUAUAAACACAGUUACAUCACAUUACUCAGCUUU